CGAGCUCAUGGGUUCCGGUGACGAACUGCUUUUUCGCUGUCAGGAAACUCGCUGCGCUAAAGAUUCAUUCUGGCAUCUGCUGUUUAUCAUCAUCAACAUCACGAGAAUGCUUGGACUAAUGUCGCCUAAAGGUCCCAUCCCCUGCUUAUUAUCACCAAAUUUGCUUGUACGGCCAUCUGGGAGCGCAUUUUCGCACUUUCUCUUGAGUUUUCACUGAGUUUAACCGUCAUCAGCGGAAAGGGGAAUUUGUUCUCGAAGUUCAAGUAGCCGCUGACUGUAACGCGCACGCUCUUUUGUCCAGAUCUUCGACAGAGCGAUUCCUGUGCAGUUAUCCUCACGCGUUUUUCGCUUUUACUUCGGUAAAGUGGAUACACGAAGGCUGCUUACACAGUUCCAUGCCUUCAUUCAUAAUCAUUUGUCUCAUAAUGAUGCGGAGAUUGUCCAAGCAUCGAGCUGAGGGCUCAUUUUCUUCUUUAUUUGGCUUUACAAAGUUGUUACGCACAGGAUCCAUUAACGCGUACGGACUGUUGCCGAUUCGCCUUUCAAUAGAAAAGUGAAAACUACGUUCGUGCAUUGAGCUGGCCAUCACAUCCACAUCGACGGAGGGGGAAAAUACGCAAACCUUAGCAGGAAAAGAAGCCAUCAAAAUUACGGAAAUCCUUUUUUUCCCUCCAGUCGGCUAUUACAAAUGCAUUCUAUGUGAGCAACUCGCUUAUAUUUGCACGAUUUGGGUUAUUUUAAUACAUUCUUAUCCCUUGGACGUUGAGUUUAUUAUUCAGAUUUAUUAUGAACUCCAUGCAUUCGUUAUUAUGUCUACACAAAGCUAUACAGAUAUGUCGCGUGACGAAACGUCAAUAUUUCCUUCCUAGUCACUAGGUCGCUACUUUCUCUCAGCAUAAACUGGAAAUUACGUAUUUUUUGUGUGUUUAAGAAGUAUUUUCUCUUUACUGGUCUGAGGAAUACGUUUGAUGGAUGCUAUGGGAGACCCUCAGGGGUCCGCGCGCCUGAAUGCGCGUUAGCAAUGGCAGCGGCCUGGAUAUAUGUUGACAGAAAUAGUGUAUUAACUGUACUUGUAACGGCUGUCUUCACGAUAUACAUCGACUUUCCGAAAACAGGACAGAAAGUGACUCUGUGAAGAGCCCUCUAUCACCUGCGUGCAGUUCAGGCCAUUGAUGGGUGACACUAGAGGACAGUGUGUGUGAGGACCUUCAACCCUGAACUCCGAUCAAGAGCACACACAUUCAUAUCGCCAACAUGAAUGAGAGACAGGCUCUGCAUUCAAUUAUGAAGGAUCUGGUGGCCCUGCAGAUGACCAGGCGCCAGCCGGCAUCAACUUAUGACACAGCAAAACCUAAACCAGUCAGCACUGCCAGCUCUUCCAAAAGAAUGGAGGAUGUCAGGAUUAAGUUUGAGUUCUGUGGUGAACGAAGGAUUCUGAUGUUUGGGCGGCCUGUGCAGUUUGAGGAAGUCCAGCAGAAAGUCAAAACAUUCUUCGGUCAGCAGUUAGACCUGCAUUAUAUGAAUAAUGAGCUGUCCAUCCCUCUGCGCAAUCAGGACGACUUGGAUAAAGCCAUUGAUCUGUUGGACCGCAGCUCAAACAUGAAGAGCAUCAAGAUCAUGCUGCUGACACAGGAACAAAGCAAUGCCUCUUCUCCGUCUCAUCACACAGUGUGUAAGCAGGUUCGCAUCAAAACCUCACAGUCCACCGGUGAUGUCAGCACUGCCUACCAAUCCUCCGAAUCGAGAGGACGCCACCACUCCACCAGCUCUCAGAACACUGGCCGAAGUUCUCCACCCCCCGGUUACGUUCCUGAGUGCCAACAGCGAAUUGCACGUCAGGGAUCGUACACCAGCAUCAAUAGCGAGGGGGAGUUCAUACCUGAAACCAGUGAACAGUGUGUCCUUGAUCCUUGGAGCAGUGCAGAAAACUCAGUGUCCGGCAGCUGUCAGUCACUUGACAGCAACUCUGACAGUCCCUCACUCAGGAAACCUCGUACACACAGGGUUAAGAGUUAUCCUGACAACAGACAGGACUGUGCAGACCGGGAAAACCAUGUAUAUGAUAAGAUUGUAGGGAAGGGAGGGACAUACCCUCGCAGGUAUCAUGUGUCGCUGCAUCAUAAAGACCACAGUGAAGGUCGACGGACCUUUCCACGGAUCCGUCGUCCCCAGGGAAACUUGUUCACGUUGGUGCCAUCACGGCGCUCACUGAACGGCAGUGAGGAGAGUUUGGGGAGCUGGCAGCUGGUUGAUACUCAAGCCAGACUCCGCCCACAGGAGCGCACGGUCCCACAUAAGUCCCCUACAGCUCCAGUGACGUGGCGUAGGGGGAAGCUGCUGGGCCAGGGUGCGUUCGGAAGCGUUUAUCUGUGCUAUGAUGUGGACACAGGCAGGGAACUUGCAGCAAAACAGGUUCAUUUUGACCCUUCCAGUCCAGAGACCAGCAAGGAGGUGAGUGCUUUAGAGUGUGAGAUACAGCUGUUGAAGAACCUGCAUCACGAACGAAUCGUUCAGUACUACGGUUGCCUUAAAGACCAUAAUGAGAAGACCCUCACCAUUUUCAUGGAGUAUAUGCCCGGAGGUUCAGUCAAAGACCAGCUGAAGGCUUAUGGGGCUUUGACGGAGAAUGUGACACGCAAGUAUACCAGACAAAUUCUGGAGGGCAUGUCCUACUUGCACAGCAACAUGAUCGUCCACAGAGACAUCAAAGGUGCCAACAUCCUGCGAGAUUCGGCUGGCAAUGUGAAGCUGGGAGAUUUUGGCGCCAGUAAGCGGCUUCAGACCAUCUGCAUGUCCAGCACUGGGGUCCGUUCUGUUACUGGAACGCCGUACUGGAUGAGCCCAGAGGUCAUCAGUGGAGAGGGGUACGGCCGGAAGGCAGAUGUCUGGAGUCUAGGCUGCACUGUGGUGGAGAUGUUGACAGAAAAGCCCCCGUGGGCUGAAUUCGAGGCCAUGGCAGCCAUAUUUAAGAUCGCCACUCAGCCUACCAACCCCCAGCUGCCCUCUCACAUCUCCGAGCACACGCGGGACUUCCUCCGCUGCAUCUUCGUGGAGGCCAAGCACCGGCCGAGUGCAGAGGAGUUGCUCAGACAUCCCUUCCAGAUCUUGUGCUGAGGAGGCCCACUGUCCAUCUAGCUGCUUCCACAGAUUAAAACCCCUCAGUUUCCUUGUUCAAAGAGUGAUAAGCUCAGUUUCAAAGGCAAUCUGCGUUUCCAGAGCAUGUGACCUGCCAGCACCCAAUCCUCUGUUGCCUGGAUUAGGUCACAGAACUGGUUUAUUCACUAAUGGUUUGAAAUAUGAUGUCUUCGGGACAGCAGUGGGCGCUACAGGACUUGAGGAUGUCAUAAGAGGAGGUUUGGGCCACUGAACUGCUUCAAACCAGACUUUUUCUUGCAACAACUGCCAAAUGUGCCUUCUAAAGCCAGCAGAGGUCAAUAAGUUUCACCAAGAAAAUCUCCUAGUAAUGAAUGUUUCAUACAGUCCACAGAAGAGUUAUGAAGUCAGUGUUUUUAUGUACUAUUUCCCUUUUCACACAGAUUCUCGUGUGCACCCAUUGUCUCUAUGACUUCAGGCAUUAAGUGUUAAAGGAAAUAUCAUAAUUGCGUCUCGGUUUGUUUCUGCCUCAGAUGAAUGAGGGUCUUGCGCACGUCAGCUUUGAAUGGUUUGCAUUCAUGAUUAAUCUUAUAUAUUGAUUAAUCUUAAUAUAAUUGCACUUCAGUAUGAACUGUUUUGGUCUGUUACAGAAAGCAGUUUAUAUUCGUUUUUUGACUGAGGUCAGAUGCCGAGAAUCAGGACGUGAGGUUAUAGUGUUAAAGUCAGAAUGUUCUUUGGUUUAAGUGUAAUGUGUUGUUUUGUACCGCAGUAGUGCCUUAUAAUGUCCUGUAGAGAGCAUCAGUACAGUACUUAAGCUAAUCUCACUAAUGCUAUUCCCAUAAUAAUGAGAUGUUAAAUUGGGAAUCUCUUAAGUUUUAUCAGUUAUUUUGGGUGUGGCGAGACAUUGAGAGCACAUUAGGAUGUAUAAUUGUUUUCGCUCCAGCCCAGCCAAAGAAAA